AAAUCUAGUGAUUUUUCCACUGAUAAAAUACUGAAUAAAUAAAAAAAUCAUCUGGCAACACUUUACCCAACCCAGUGACUGAGUGACAGAAGACAGAAUACUACAGGAGCGACCUCUGUGACGGCUCCUGCAAGAAAGUUCUGUUUUGGAUUAAAAAGCUUUUAAAAAAUCGUUUAAAAUCCGAGCCAUCUUUUAGUUUUAAGUUUUUUUAACCCUAUAUUGGUGAUUUCAGGAUAUUCCACAAAUGGCUGAGGCAGAUAAACUGAACAUUGAUAGCAUUAUAGCCCGCUUAUUAGAAGUGCGUGGAGCAAGACCUGGCAAAAAUGUACAAUUAACCGAGAACGAAAUUAGAGGACUCUGUUUGAAGUCGAGAGAAAUAUUUCUUAGUCAGCCGAUUUUAUUGGAACUAGAAGCUCCCCUAAAGAUAUGUGGUGAUAUUCACGGUCAAUAUUAUGAUUUAUUGCGUUUGUUUGAAUAUGGAGGUUUUCCUCCAGAAUCCAACUACCUCUUCUUGGGCGAUUAUGUAGAUCGUGGAAAGCAGUCGUUGGAAACCAUCUGUCUAUUACUUGCUUACAAAAUCAAAUAUCCAGAAAACUUUUUCUUACUUAGAGGGAACCACGAAUGUGCAUCAAUUAAUCGUAUUUAUGGAUUUUAUGAUGAAUGCAAAAGAAGGUACAACAUUAAAUUGUGGAAAACUUUCACGGAUUGUUUUAACUGUUUACCUGUAGCAGCAAUUGUGGAUGAAAAGAUUUUCUGCUGCCAUGGAGGUUUAAGUCCAGACCUACAGUCGAUGGAGCAAAUUAGAAGAAUCAUGAGACCCACCGAUGUACCUGACCAAGGCCUGCUCUGUGAUCUCUUGUGGUCUGAUCCGGACAAGGAUCAGAUGGGCUGGGGCGAGAAUGAUAGAGGUGUGAGUUUUACUUUUGGUGCCGAAGUAGUCGGUAAAUUCCUGCACAAACACGAUUUCGAUUUGAUAUGCAGAGCACAUCAAGUAGUUGAGGAUGGAUAUGAAUUCUUUGCCAAAAGACAACUGGUCACUUUAUUUAGCGCCCCCAAUUAUUGUGGGGAGUUCGACAAUGCGGGAGCCAUGAUGUCAGUGGACGAGACGCUUAUGUGUAGUUUUCAAAUUUUAAAACCAGCAGACAAAAGGAAAUUCCAGUACAACAUGAACGCGGGAAGACCGGUGACGCCCCCUAGGGGCGCUACAAAUAAAAACAAGAAGAAGUGAAUUAAUAUAUUUAUAAGGUUAGGUUUAGUUGCUACAUAAUGUUUGGGACAUUUUAAAUACUAAAAUUUAUAGACCUGGAAUAUCUCGAACGCAAUGUAUUUAUGAAUUUUUUUUUAUUUUAGGUGAAUCUUAAUUUUUUUUUUUGUUAUUAUUCUCUUAGGUUAAGAUAAUAAAAAAAUACAUGAUCUUCAUAAAGAACUUGUUAAAUGUUAGUAUUUAAAAUGUUGAUCUUCGGCCGUUUUACUUUAUAUUUGAUAUUACUAGGACAACCAACAGUAAUAUCUAUUUAUUGAAUUAGACUACAACUUAAUUUAGAAUAUCCAAUUUAAAAUGGAAACGGCUUUACUAUUUACAAAAAAAAAAAACGGUAGGUAUAUAUUUAUUUUUCUUUUGUGAAUUUUGAAAACCAAACAGUUUUAUGUUUUACAAGGUUUUUUUGACUCUGUAUAAAUAUAUUUUUAUAUACAAUUCUGUUCAUUUUAUUCCUUCGAUAGAAGGAGCGAAUUAGUUGUCAUUUCAAAUAAAAUUCAGAAAGUGUUUUUGUUUUCAUCCUUAAUUUGUAAAUACACAAUCAUCUGAUCUGUUGAUAUGCAUACAUGUCGAAAAGGAAAUAAAAAUUUUAACAAUGAUCAU